AUGGCGACCAGGGCUGUAUAUAGCUGCCAGAACAUUACUAGUCUGUUAUAUUCCAGACACAUUGGUCGUCUUUCAGUCCACUCGGCAGAUAGGGUUCGACAGUAUUCAAUAGCGAGGUCUAAAGGAUAUCAACUUGUUGCGAAUGGGCUGAGUAAGCUUCUUCCCUUACUUCUUUCAUGGACCAGUGAUGUGCGCAUGUUGCGAUCGCUGAAAAGCGGAAUAGGCUCAAAACCGUUAUAUGCGCCAAAAAAUACAUGCUCUCAAACACCAACCCCACAACCGCGAUCCACAAGAAACUUUUCCCAAUCUAGGAUGAUGGCCUCGUCGUCUGGGAGCACAGCUGUUAGCCACAAAGCCUACAUUGCUCUGGGUAGCAAUAUAGGCGAUCGCAUUGCAAUGAUAGAGCGAGCAUGCGCCGAAAUGAACCGAGUAGGCAUCAAAGUCAAAAGAACAAGCUCACUGUUUGAGACGGCGCCAAUGUAUGUUCUCGAUCAAGAACCGUUUUUGAAUGCGGCUUGUGAGGUUGAAACAACUCUCGGUCCCAUAGAGUUAUUGGAUGCUCUGCAAGCUAUUGAAAAUGGCCUAGGAAGACGAAAGCUCAUUGACAAGGGUCCAAGAAAUAUUGAUCUAGAUAUUUUGCUAUAUAAUAAUGAGAGGGUGUCUCAUCCUCGGUUGAAUAUACCGCACAAAUUGAUGCUGGAAAGAGAAUUCGUUCUGCGGCCACUCUGCCAACUAAUACCCCAUGAAAGGGUCCCCUUACUGGGAAAAGACCUCACAUACCUCUCCGCUCUCCGAUCCCUACCACCAUCGGAAACAACUCCCAUCGUCACAAGCCCUCUAUCACCACACAUCCCACCUCUAACCCCCUCCAACCCCAAAAAGAAAACCCACAUCAUGGCCAUCCUCAAUGUCACACCAGAUUCCUUCUCCGACGGCGGGAAACACUUCUACUCUGGUCAAAACUUCAAUCCUGAACAACUAACAUCCACAAUCCGCGAGUUCAUCGCAAGCGGCGCAACAAUCAUUGACGUUGGCGGCGAAAGCACCCGCCCAAACGCAAUUCCACUCACUCCCGAAGAAGAAUUAUCCCGUGUCAUUCCCGUUAUCAGACAUAUCCGCUCUCUACCCGAGGCAGCGAAUGUAGCAAUCAGCAUCGACACAUAUCGCGCUCGCGUCGCGGCAGAAGCAUGCGCAGCCGGCGCCGAUAUUAUCAAUGAUGUAUCCGCCGGCACGCUGGAUGCAGAUAUGUUAUCCACCAUGGCUGCCACAGGCAAAUCCGUGAUUCUGAUGCAUAUGCGCGGUACGCCGGCGACAAUGACCAAGCUUACCACAUACCCGAACGGCGUAAUCAAGGACGUUGGUGCAGAGCUACUUACUCAAAUCCGCGCAGCUGAAGAAGCAGGUAUACCACGUUGGCGCAUAAUCCUAGACCCCGGAUUGGGGUUUGCGAAAAUGAGGGACCAGAAUGUCGAGUUGUUACGGAGCUUGACCGGGUUGAGUCAUGAAAUUGAAGGAUUGGAGAAUUUCCCGUGGCUGAUUGGCACAAGUCGUAAGGCUUAUAUUGGCCAUAUUACCGGCGUGGAGAAGGCAAGUGAGAGGGUUUGGGGUACGGCGGCGGCGGUUACGGCUAGUGUGCAGCAGGGAGCAGAUAUUGUGAGGGUGCAUGAUGUUAAAGAGAUGGGGCAGGUUGUUAAGAUGGCUGAUGCUAUUUAUCGUUUCUAA